UUGAGAUCCAGCUGCGGCCCAGUGGUGACAAAAACUUGCGAAAGAGCAUUACAAAAGUGGAGGAUUACGUGAAAAAUGUAAACAAGAAACAUUUGCGCACAUAAUUUAGGUAAAAUCAAUCGAAAAGUCAUGGAAAAGAGGAGUGAGAAGCUAAAUGAAGUACGCGUGGACAUUGAAUAUUGCAACAUAUGUAACUCGAAACCGCAGUGCCUAGAACUGAGCAAAUUGAUCAAAGAACGCCUCCCAGAGGCCCGGGUUGCCUGCAAGGUUGGCCGCCGAGGCUCGUUCGAAGUUCAAAUCAAUGACACCCUGGUUCACUCCAAAAUCAACUCUCUAGCUUUCCCGGAUUAUGAGGCAGUGGUUAGCAAUGCGAUAGCCGCCCAGGAAGGUCGUUCGCUAACCAAAGUGAAAGAACAACCCAUAACGGAUUGUGUGCUCCAAUAAUGUAGUUCGGAUCGAUUCAAAACUAGGAAAUCUCACUGUGUAUAUAAAUAGAGCUUUAUUAUUCGACCAACCCUUCAA